CUCUUUUUGUGCACUCGAGCAAAGAAAUGGUUCUGAAACUCGGUACUACUAGAACUAACACAAGCACCUCCGCUUCUACUGUGUUGCAGAGCGUCGUCCAGAAGUGAAGGGAGAGAGCGGAGAGGAGCAGCGGGGAUGGCCGGAGCCGGGGAAGACGAAUCAGCUCCCCCUCCUCCUUCUGCACUACUAGAUCAGAAGCAGCCCAUGGAAGAGACGGCGGCGGCAGCGGGCAAGCUCACCAGGCUGGAGCACGAGCACGGCGCCCCCGACGAGACGUCCUUCCGGAUGGAGGACCUUCCCGCGGAAGUUCAACCUGUUAUAAUGUCACAGCUGCCACUGAAAGAGGCUGUGAGGACCAGCAUUGUUUCAAGGAGUUGGAGAAUGCUCUGGACAUUCCACUCUGAUCUAUGUUUUGAUGGUCCCACUCCCAAUGAUCUGGAUUCUGACACCGAUGACGAGUUCGCUGGUCAGGAUAGUACCAAAAUGAAACGAGCAAAGUUCAUUGAGACUGUAAAUUCGGUUAUUCAACAGCACAGCGGGAUAGGAAUCAAUAAGUUCAGCGUCAGGUGCGGCAUGCACAAAGAGUACACUGAUCAUCUUGACAGGUGGAUUGGGUUUGCCACUUCAUCAAAGGCAAAGAUAAUACAUUUUAAUCUGAAGAAAAUUUAUCAGCCAUUCGAAUUUCACCACUUCCCUCUUGAGGCCUUAGAUUCACAAGGUUGCUCAUUUGUGCAGUCCUUAUUUCUCGCCAGUGUUUCUAUAAAGCCAAACUCAGUAAUAUCUGGCUUUACAAUACUCAGAAGGCUUGUUCUGGAAUUUGUUAAGAUAUUAGGAGAUUUUCCAGGUUUGCUAGCAAAAUGUUCAGGACUUGAGGACUUAGAGAUCAUCGGGUGCUAUGGUGUGGACAACUUAAUCGUACCACACAAACUCGAUAAACUUCAACAUUUGCUGAUUGCCGGAAUGGACAUCCAGAUGGUUGAGUUUCAUGCUACUGAUCUUGCUCAUUUUGAGUACAAAGGGCGAGUGAUCCCUAUAGUCCUUCAUGGUUGCUCGAAACUAGAGAAGGCAACAAUGAAGUUUAAUGGCACUAAAGCACUGGCACAUACAUUCACUGCAGUUCCAAGCAUUUUGUCAGUGAAGACAUUACAUCUGCAGGCAUUCAUAUCAAAAUAUGCACAGAAGCUGCCAGCAAGACAACAGGGAAUGUUUUUGCAUUUGAGGCAUAUGACUUGUCAAUUAAUCGUCAACUCUAACGACCCAAAUGGUGAUAAUGGAAUUCUUCAGCUGGCCAAUUGUUUGGAUGUUGCACCCAGACUGGAGACGUUGCACUUGCAUAUGCUCUGUGCGAUAUCCAGUAGUUUCUCCAGCGGUGAGGUGGCGGGUAUGCGCCGCCAUGAUCAUCUCAAGACGGUCUUCAUGAGCGGUUUUCGAUGUUACAAGGCUCAGAUUGAGCUGGCAUGCUGUAUCUUGAGAAAUGCUUCUGUUCUUGAGCAGCUGAUAAUAGAACCAAGGAUUACAGACAAAGUAUGGGCGGGUGAUUGUUCCGAGUGGAAUACUGACCUUGGCGAAAUCUUACCAGGGGUCUGUGAGUGGGCACAGGUCACCUCGGAGCACUUCCGUAAGGUGAUUUCCGUUGUAGGUGCCUCCCAUCACACAACGGAGGCUUCUUUGGCCCAGCAAGACGAAGGAUCUCUUCAGCACCAUCAUUAGCUAGUGCCGUCAUUGCCUGCAGAUUAUUAGCAGUUCGUAGUGGGAUGCUACUUUGCUCAGAAUCUGUAAUCCUCUGGUGUCUGUUUAACCUCAAUGUAUCCUGCUCCUAGAGUGAGUUAGUAUGUGUCAGAAGGGCACCAAAACCAAACCAGACGAUCUAAAAUUAACAGUAAACCUGGGCCUUUUGUUUUGUCUGUGACAACCAAUGUUUGAAGAAAUUUGAGGUUGUAUCAGAGGCCUUUCUUGUC